AUGCAGCUCACUGAGGAUCAAGCGACUGAGGUGAAGUCGUGGGUAGUGAGGAAACUGGAAGAUAUAUCGGAUGCCGAUUCUGACGUGCUCGCCGAUUAUGUCCUGGCGCUUAUCCGAACAGAUGCCCCGGACGAGGAGAUCCGGAAGGCUUCGGUGGACAACCUGGAAGACUUCUUGAGAGAACACACCGUUCAGUUUGUCGAUGAACUCUUCACAACGUUUGCGCCCAAGCCGCAGCCCGUUCAAACCGCCGCGAUGUCCCAUGAUGGUGCUGCAGGAUCAGCUUCGGAACAGCAGCAGGCCUUUGGAGCUCCCUCCGGCCCAGCAAAUGGCCCUUACGGCAUUCCACAGUCGCAAGCUGAUGGCUCCAAUUUCAAUCGCAAGCGUAACUACCACGAGGGAUUCCAGGCCGAUCAGGAGCGCGACGAUGGACCCCACCAUCGCACAUACAAGACCCCUCGCCGGGGACGUGGCGGUGGCCGGGGAGAUUGGAUGGGUAGGGACGGCGGCCGCGCAGGACCGGCUGGUCCGGGACAGUUCCAUCCUGGUGCAGCGGGAUUCCCAGUGAUGCCUCCUGCGUUCCCCGGCUUUGACCAGAAUGAUCCGAUGGCAGCGAUGAUGGCUCUACAGAGCAUGGGCUUCCCUCAGAUGCCGGGCAUGCCUCCGAUGCCGAUACCACCCCCGGGCGCCGGUGCCGGCCAGCAGCCGGACAAGAUGGGACCCAAGAGUUCGGAGCGGUGUCCGUUCUACGAGACCCAGGGUAUCUGCUACCUUGGCGCUACAUGCCCCUACCAGCACGAUGCCAUGCCAGGGUCCUCCAAGGAAGAUGAAUACGAUCCAAAGUCCUCCAACCUCAUUACCGACUUCCAAAGGCGCACGGAUACACCUAUGCGAGGCAGCGACAGAGGUCGCGGCCGCGGUCGUGGUGGGGACCGAGGUGGCUUUGGAGGCAGGGGACGACGCUCCGAAUUCUCUUCUGCUGGGCCUAACGAGGAUACGACGAUCACGACUAUUGUCGUUGAGCAGAUCCCUGAUGAUAAGAUGGACGAAGCCACGAUCCGAGAGUUCUUUUCACAAUAUGGCGAGAUCACUGAAGUCACUCUGCAACCACACCGGCGACUGGCCUUGAUUACCUACGAUAACCACGCAGCUGCUAAACGGGCAUGGUCUAGUCCCAAGGUGAUCUUUGACAACCGAUUCGUCAAAGUCUACUGGCAUAAGCCCAAGGGUGAUCGGAAUGGUGACCAUCGGUCUCCUGCCGGCGACGCCAUGAACGAGGGUCCAGCCUUCAACCGCGAAGAGUUUGAGAGACAGCAAGAGGAAGCUCAACGGGCGCACGAGGAGAAAUUGAAGAAGCGCAAGGAGACUGAGGAAGCAAAACAAGCCCUCGAGCGACAGCGCGACGAGCUCCUUAAGAAGCAGCAGGAAGAGAAGCUUCGUCUGAUGCAAAAGCUUGGCGCGAAAGAAGGCGGUGAUGGCAGCGCCUCUCCGGCCGACGAAGCGGGUGUGUCACAGGAGAAUGCCAGUGACCAGACCCAGCAGCUUCGUGCACAACUGGCCGCUCUUGAAGCCGAAGCGAAGAGUCUUGGUAUCGACCCCAACGGUGCUGGUGCGAGCGCACCAUACUCCUACCGCGGUCGCGGAAGAGGCUUCGGUGCUCGUGGUGGAUUCCCGCCCCGGGGCCGUGGUUACGACCCGUCCUUCCGCGGUGGAUAUCGUGGUCGUGGCGGCGCUGCUCGCGGCAGAGGUGGUGUUCUACGUCUCGACAACCGACCCCGUAGGGUGGCUGUCUCCGGUGUGGAGGCCAACUCUGAGAAGGACGAGGCCUUGAGACAAUACCUCAUUGGCGUCGGCGAAUACGAAUCCAUCGAGCCCAACCCAGACCAACCCGACUCAGUCAUCGUAGCCUUCAAGGAACGCUACCUAGCCGAGAAGUUCAUGUUUGGAACCCGAGACAUCCCCUCGGUAGGCCAAGUCCAGCUCACUUGGGUCCCUAACCCCCCUAUCACCCUCCCCGCCAGCGGCGCAACAUCCGGCCCUGGCUCGGAUACCAACAAGACAGGGUCAGACGAGGACACGGUAAUGGACAACGCAACGGGGCCAUCCAUGUUACCGGAACAGAGCGGAGCACGCAAGGACGGCCCGCACGACGUGGACUACGAUGUGGCAGAGGUGGAUGACAGUUGGGGAGUGGAGUAG